CAGGAACAACGUGGACCUCGCUAUUACUUCCGGGUUCACGGGUCACGUGGGCAAAAUACAUUCGGUUGUCCUCGGGAUUUUAAAGGAAAGCGACGGCGGUGAAACAGCUGCAGCAUGGUUUUGCCGGGGCGGUCGCGGACGCUGUCGGCCGAGCAGCAGAGACAGCUGGCCGGAGACCUGACCGCAUUCCUCUCUCAGUACAAGUAUAUCUCCGACUCCUACGUAAUUGAAUUUUUCAGUGAGGAUUUGUGGAGCAAACUGCCCCUCAGCUGGCAGGACGCCCUCCAUGACCUGUCCGCUCCCCAAAUCGCUGACCUGUUACUGGAUAGAACCAUCACUCAACGGCGGUACCCUUCCGUCUGGCCUCUCUCACUGCUGGCAUUUCGGACGUCGGCACACACGCUGGCUUUUUCCAGAACGCCCCACGAUCAGACAGCGCGGGAUGCAGGUUCCUUGCGGCCGAGGGAGUUUCAGCAGAACCAGAGCCAGAGUUUACUGCUGGGACACAUAUUUCGCAAGCACGUCAAGCCGAAGAAGCAGCAUGAGAUCCGACGGCUCGGAAUGCUGGUGAAAACACUGUGUGAUACAACAGACUGCAGCAGAGUAGUGGAUGUGGGAUCUGGACAGGGUCAUCUGAGUCGCUUCCUGUCAUUUGGGCUUGGACUCUCUGUCACUGGCAUCGAAGCAGAUCCUGACCUGGUUUCCAUGGCCUCAAAGUUUGAUGGACAGCUGAUGAGCACUCUGAAAAAAGAGAGCCAGAAGAAGAAUAACAGGACAGACUAUACCCUGUCUCCCCCUGGUCCCUCACCCAAUCACAUUACUGGUUGGGUGAACCCCAAGGCCUCAUGGGAAGUAUUCAUCAAACAGCUGGAGGUGGGGGAAUGUGAAAAGAAGGAAGUAAUAUUUACUCCGAAACUCAGUAAAAAGAGACAGUUGAAAUCAGUAUCAAAGCCCGGUCAGGACAUGGACCAUGCGAGCCGUUCUUCAUCUUCAAUUCAGUCUUGCUGUAGCUGCCAAGAAAUAGGAAAUGACAUGCUAUCCGAUCUUGGCUGCCAGAGCCCGGCUGCACCCGUACAAGACUGUCAGAAAUCCCCAAACCUUGACCUGCCGUCUUCUCCGAAACGGCAAUGCAUGUUUGAGAAAAGUGUGAGUCAGUUGUCCAGCUCUACCAAGCCUUCAAACGUGGAAGAGGAUUCUGGCUGUUUGGACCCAGCAGAGCGGGACGUGGGGUCCAGCACUCAAAGCUUCAUCUUGACAGGCCUUCAUUCUUGUGGGGACCUAAGUGUCACCCUCCUUCGGCACUUUGCCAGCUGCCCCCACGUGCUGGUCAUCACCUCAGUGGCCUGCUGCUACAUGAAGCUCACCACCCUGGAAAACCCCACCCCUCCUGGAAUCCUGGUCCCACCUGGUCACACCCGCACUGAGGAGAUGUCAUCUUCAGAGUUUGGCUACCCAAUGAGUUCGCACGUGAAGGGGUUGCCUGAACACCAGCUGUCCUAUAAGGCGCGUGAGGGGGCGUGUCAUGCCAUAGAGGAUUAUCUGCAGAGGUUAAGGCAGGAGGAUGGGCUGCUCAGGACGCACUGCUACAGAGCGGUUCUGGAGGUGGUGAUCAGGGGGGUGAGACCGGAUCUACGCAGGGCCGGCAUCCAGACCAUCAAAAAGGCCCAUCUCCUUUCCUUCUCAGAGUACGCACGCCUGGGUCUGCCGCGGGUCAGCCUGCCGCCCGACCUCCCGCUGGAUGACGCCAAGCUGGGCGCUCUGCUGAGGCAGGAGGGCCGAGUGGUGGUGUACUUCAGCCUGGUGCUGCUGCUGGCUCCCGUCGUGGAGAGCCUGGUUCUGCUGGACAGGAUGCUGUACUUACAGGAGAGAGGUCUUCAGAGUCAGCUGGUGCCUCUCUUUGAUCCUGCACUCUCACCUCGAAACCUGGUGCUGGUGGCGGUGAAACCAGGACAGGACAGCAAACUGCAGAAGCUUGUAGCGUAGCCUCAGCGCUGCUGUCAGAACCUGAGAGUGUGCGGUAGAACACGGCUGUAGACCUUGAGUGGGCGUGGAGAACUUGAGUCCUUCCUCCUCAUCACAGCCUUCCUGCUUGGAGAGUCUCUCACAGACACUGAAACACGUGAGAUCUGACAAGCAUAAUUUAAUGGGUUUUGUUUUUAUUUCCCCAUUUUUUUAAUUUAACUUCAGAAUAUGUAACUAAAUACUACAAAUAUCUGUAGCCUGUAUUAAUACAUAAUACUGUUUGCUGUCAUAGUUUUUAAGAUAUAUAAUAUAUAUUUUAAAUAAAAAUUAUAUUUUUAAAUGAAA